AUGAAUGGGGUUGAUAGACAUAGUAUGUUAAUUAUUGGAAAAUACUUUCAAACAAGAAAUGAUUAUGUUAAUGUUAUGAGUGUUUGUAAAAAAUAUCAUGACAUAGUUGAUCUGUAUCACUUUAAUCCAUUUCCUUUAUUAAGUCAAAAUGAUCGAGCAAUGUUUAUAUCACUUGAAACACAACAUAUUUAUUCUUCAAAUGAUAUAAUUUAUGAAGACGUUUUACAGUAUGUUAUUCAUUGUGAAGUUUCAUAUGACACAUUCAUUGGUAAAGAACCAAAUACACAAUACCUUCAAGUCAAGUUCACAAAAAAUGACAUGAAAAGCUAUGGAUAUGAAAUUCCAAGAGACUUUGAAAAGAACAAGCAUUCUUUCGUUGUAGGUAUUUAA